AUGUCCCACAGCAGAUCCAAAACCACAUCCAAGAAUGCGACCCUCCAACUCAAGAAACCCCCCACCCGCCUGACCCAAGUCCAAACCCAAUUCCAAAGCCUCAAAAUCGCCUGCCAAACCCCCCUCCCCCCCUCUCCAGCUCUCCCUCGCCCGCCACGAGACCGCUGCCUCCAGUGCGCCCUCGCCGGCUUCCGGUGCUCCCCCCUCCCUUCUCCCCCUCGCACCCACUCUCAUUCCCACUCCCGCUCCCAUGCCGGGCACACCCCUACUACGGCCGCUACCCCAGCCACAGACUGGACAGGCUGUGCCCGGUGCCUCCACACCUCGCAAGACUUUUGCAUCCGCCGCACGAAACUCGAGGAGGACGCGAGCGCGAGGAUCUCAAGGAUGGGAAAGCGAGCAGAGGAAGGAGAAGCGGGGAAGGGGAGAGAGAGAUGGGCGUAUCGCGCAGAAGGUCUGAAGGGUCGGGCCGUGGACGAGGCCGUGUUGCAGGCGCGAGUCGACGGCUUGCUGGAAGAGCGGAGGGAGACGGAUCGGUGGGCACUGCCUUCUCAGCCGGUAGGGGCGAGGCAGGGGCUGAGGCCGUUGAGGCAGCGACUGCUUGAGGAGCGGGCGAGGAUUUGGGCUUGGGAGAACCUUGUGCUUGGCUAA